CUGUUCAGUCUGGCACAAUCAAUUAACUUACUUUCUUCUGAGGGUUAUGGUCAAGGAAUUUCUUAUUAUUCAGUUCUGCCAAGGCAGUGAAAGUAUUCACUGUCACUACCAUUGCCUUCUUUGAUCUCAUUUAAAUAAAAGUGAUGGGCGGAGAUGUCACAGGAAGUGCUUCGGGUUAAGAUUUUGUAAAUGGUGGUGUGAACAGACAGUUUUUUUACAUGAAUAUGUUAGUUGUGAGGUUAUGUGUUUGCUUUAUUCUAUAUUUUGAGGUUGUAUUGGGAUUUGCAUCAGAUCCAAAUUAUGACCUUAUUACAAAUAAAACUCGAACAAAAAGGGGUAGAUUUUUAUUCAAUCAACUGUUCAGUUUAACUAAUCUACUUGGUGGAGCAACGGCAGGAGAAUUUUCUGUUUUUGGUGACUCCGACGACACAGGAAAUGACGAUCUCAUUAAAGCAAAAAAUUGCUCGUGUGAAUGUGGCGUGUCAAAUCAAGAAAACCGAAUUGUUGGUGGUCGUCCUACCGGAGUUAACCGUUAUCCCUGGAUAGCGAGGAUAGUAUACGAUGGUCACUAUCAUUGUGGAGCUUCGCUUUUAACAGAAGAAUUCGUCAUUACUGCCGCACAUUGCGUGAGAAAAUUAAAGAGAUCGAAAAUACGAGUGAUACUUGGCGACCAUGACGUUUCUACGACUGCAGAAAUUCCAGCUAUGAUGAGAGCAGUUUCUUCCAUUAUCAGACAUAAAAGUUUUGAUGCUGACACCUUCAACCAUGACAUUGCUCUUCUAAAGUUGAGGAAACCAGUUGAAUUUACUAAGCAUAUUAGGCCGGUUUGUCUACCAAAGUCCCGUGAUCCAGCCGGUAGGACAGGAACAGUAGUUGGAUGGGGCAGAACCUCAGAAGGGGGUAUGUUACCAACUGUAGUUCAAGAAGUUGAAGUUCCAAUUUUGACUCAAAAUCAGUGCAAAGCAAUGAAAUAUAGAGCAUCUAGAAUAACUAAUUACAUGCUAUGUGCAGGAAAAGGGACACAAGAUUCCUGUCAAGGAGACAGCGGGGGACCACUUUUGAUACAUAGCGGUGAUAAAUAUGAAAUUGUUGGAAUUGUAUCCUGGGGAGUUGGUUGUGGACGACCAGGUUACCCAGGAGUCUAUACAAGAGUUUCCAAAUACGUAAAAUGGUUAAGGAACAAUCUAGAAGAAAGUUGUUUUUGUAGCUGAUAAAUAUUUAUAAUUUAAGUAUUUAUUUAAUUUACUAAAUUAAUUAAGUUUGUGAUCUGAAUUUGGUGCGAACCAAAGAAAAAUAAUUACUCCAGUGCGUUUAAUAAAUCAAAUUUGUGAA